GCAAACGGCUGAGGGAGGAACUGACUCCCCGAGAGGCUGCUGCGUGGGGACAGGCACAUGAGAGGUGGCUUCACGUCCAUUGCGUGGUCCUGCUCAUUGUGCAACAGGUCACUUGGGUCCAGGGAAGGAUGCAAAGGGCAGGAGGUACGGACGGAGGGAAGGAAAGAUGUCACGCUUCAGGGAGCUUUUCUAAUGACAGUCGGCGAGUGCUGGUUUUAGAGCUUUUUUCCUCCCCUGACGCUUCUGACUUCUGCAUGCCUUAUUUUUGGGUGUGGGCACAGGAAAUGGCUCUGAGGAGCUGCGGAGCAAGGCCUCCCCCUCUGGCACCGCCUGGGAGCGCCCCAUGGGAUGGGGGGCGGACGGGGCAGUCAGGCAAAGGUUAGGGGAGGAAAGCAAAGGCAGAGGCCCAGAACGGCUCCAGGAAAUGUUUGUAUUUCUCCACCGGGAGGGAGGACAAACAAGCUUUUCUCGUGCCUUCUGGGCGGCCCUGCACGCUCUCCAGCACAGGAGUCUGAAGAGCAGAGUGAGGCUGCAGAGAAAAAUCACCGCGGGGCCGGGGCCGGGGUCGGGCCCGGCGCCGCAGCAUGAAUCCUUCUGGACCUGCCCACCGCUUCCCAGAAGUGACCGCCUGCGCCUCAAAGCCUCGCGGUGCCACCCGCUUCUCCCGGCCUGGGACAGCCGGAGAAGAACGGACCUCCCCGAGCCUCUCCUUUCCCGGCUGACAUUCCUGGCCUCCUGGCGGCGGCCGCAUCCACCCGCACCCGCAGUCCGCGUCCGCCCGCAUCCCGGGGUGAAGAAGGUAGAAAACCAGCAGCCCGGUGAGUGGUAGCGUUCCCAUCGGCACCUGUCUUUGUGGGAACUCCCGGGGCCGCCCAGCACGCAGAACCCCCGUCCUCCGUCCACCAUGGACAACGGGUCGUGCUGCCUCAUCGAGGGGGACCCCAUCUCUCAGGUGAUGCCCCCGUUGCUGAUCGUGGCCUUCGUGCUUGGCGCCCUGGGCAACGGCGUCGCCCUGUGCGGUUUCUGCUUCUGCAUGAAGACCUGGAAGCCGAGCACCAUUUACCUUUUCAACCUGGCCGUGGCCGACUUCCUUCUCAUGAUCUGCCUGCCCUUCCGGACGGACUACUACUGGAGACAGAGGCAGUGGGCCUUUGAGGACAUUCCCUGUCGGGUGGCCCUCUUCAUGCUGGCCAUGAACAGGGCCGGGAGCAUCGUCUUCCUCACGGUGGUGGCGGUGGACAGGUACUUCAAGGUGGUCCACCCCCACCACCUGGUGAACGCCAUCUCCAACCGGGCUGCCGCCGGCAUCGUGUCCGCCCUUUGGACCGUGGUCAUCCUGGGGACCCUCUACCUUUUGAUGGAGAACCAUCUGUGUGUGCACGAAGACACCAUAUCUUGCGAGAGCUUCAUCAUGGAGUCGGCCAACGGCUGGCACGACAUCAUGUUUCAGCUGGAGUUCUUCCUGCCCCUCGGUGUCAUCCUGUUUUGCUCCUGCAAGAUUAUCUGGAGCCUGAAGCAGAGGCAGCAGCUGGCCAGGCAGACUCGGAUGAAGAAGGCCAUCCGGUUCAUCACGGUGGUGGCGGUUGUGUUCGUCACGUGCUAUCUGCCCAGCGUGUCGGCCAGGCUGUAUUUCCUCUGGACGGUGCCCUCGAGUGCCUGUGACCCCUCCGUCCACGUAGCCCUGCACGUGACCCUCAGCUUCACCUACAUGAACAGCAUGCUGGACCCGCUGGUGUAUUAUUUUUCGAGUCCCUCGUUCCCCAAAUUCUACACCAAGCUCAAAAUGCGCAGUUUGAGACCUAAGAAUCCGGGACGCUCCAAGACCCAGAGGUCAGAAGAGAUGCCAGUUUCCAACCUGUGUCGCAAGAGUUGUGCCAGUGUGGCAAACAGCUUCCAGAGCCAAUCCGACGUGCAGUGGGAUCUCCAAAUGUGUUGAAUGGCAGUGAAACAGACAGACAGACAACGCCAAGGAGGACAGACAGACUGGCGACUUAGGAUGGUUCAUGCUAAGGGGUGAGAGUCUAUUGAAAAGGCCACCCUUUCUUAACUGGAUCCUCACUCUGUUGGAAAUGAAAUUCAGGUUACUAUGCCUUUUUGGAAGGUUGUGGUUGACAAGUGAGUCACUUGCCUUUCUAGGCCCCGAUUGCAAUGACGGGACAAUAUGUGCGUGGAGAAGGGCACGUGUGUGUUAAAAAGGAGGGACGUUAAUUAAGAAGAGCUCGACCCCUGUGUAGUUUUAAUCGGCUGGGUGAACAGGCACCGAUGUUUGAAGGAGUCACGUUCCCUGUCUGGGGGAGGUCGUGAACUUCAUGACUUGGCAGUAUUUCCUAUCCUCUCUUAAGUCAUCGUUUUAGAAACUAGAAACCUGAGUGAGUCAAUACCUUUAUUUCGGGCUGAGUGACAUCUUUAUGGGGACGUCCGGAUCCUGAGGAUUUUCAUCUCCACAGGGUGCCUGGGUAUGUUUCUGAUUUCUCAGUAGCCCAAGAAGAAGGACAGCAAAACAGUCUGCUCUGACCUUCUUGAAGCUCCACAUGUUUCCGCAAGUCUUUGCAUUUCAAAGAAGAUGCUGAGGGAUAGGUUUGCCUCCCCUGAUCUUUCCAGUGGGAGCUGAGUGCGUGAAAAAACUCGGUUGGCCUUUGGGAUGGGCUGCGUGCAUUGUGAUCGCUUUUGACUGCUUGUUAUGUGACUGAACAUUUUUUAGGCACUGGCUCCGGACGAGGCACAGUAGAAACACGAAUGGAAAACACAGCCCCUGCCCCUGUGGGUUCUAUUGUAGAAUCCAGGGGAAAGAAUCAAACAACCAUUUGGGGGUAACCGUGUGAAAGUGGUAAGCACAGGGCCCUGCGGCAGAGCCCAGGGGCCUCCAUCCUGGCCGUGGGGGUUGGAGAGGGCGUCUCAGAGAAAAUGACUCUGAACUUAGCCCUGAAGGAUGCAAAGGAGGCAGGCAGGUGACUCAGUGGGAAAAGGUAUCCCAGCGAGAGGGGCAUGGUGAGGAAGCAGCUUGUUAGGGAGCUUCGGAAAGGUCCACAGGACCGGAAUGAAAGGUCCUGGGGGUUGGGGGGCGGGACUGCAGCCCCUUGGGAGAGAUCAAGCCAUGAGAUCCACUGCGGAGAGAGAGAAAGAAGGUCUGUUCAUAACUCUUCUUCUUCUUUUUUUUUUUUCUUAAGUUUAUUUAUUCAUCUGAGAGAGAGAGAGAGAGAGAGAGAGAGAACGGGAGAGCACGAGCCGGGGAAGGGCAGAGAGAGAGAGAGGGAGAGAGAGAGAGAAUCCCAAGCAGACUCCACAAUGACAGCAAAAAGCCCCACAUGGAGUUCGAAUUCAUUAACACGAACCGAGAGAUCAUGACCUGAGUGGAAACCAAGAGUCGGACGCUUAACCAACGGAGUCACCCAGGAGCCCCCAUUCACAACUUUUCCUGAUGGCAUAUUCUUGAAUAGCCUCUCAGAGUCUUUUCUUUUUAAAAAAAAAAAAAAUUAAAAUCUCUGCAAUUAUUGAAAGUACGUAUGUUUUUGUUCAAAAUUCAAAACAAAUAUAUCAAGUGAGAAAUAAAAGUCUUCCUUCUGUUGUUCCCCUUAA